AUGGUGUGCUACUGGCGGAACUUUUAUCGCCUCGUUCCCGUGACCGUUGCCGCUGGUCGUACGACAUCUGUUGGUUUAGACUUCAGACGGUCAAUCGGCUAUUUUGUUACGACGCCAAUUUUCUACGUCAAUGCAGCUCCACACAUUGGUCAUUUAUAUUCGGCUCUCUUGGCUGAUGCUUCGAACAGGUGGUACAUCCUGAAGCAUCCAAGUGAAAAGACUCUUUUCGUCACUGGAAGUGACGAGCACGGAAUUAAGGAUGUUUUUCGACACUUCAAUAUUUCAAAUUCUGAUUUCAUCCGUACAACGGAGGAGCGACACGUCAAAGCGGUCACAGCGUUCUGGAACAAGCUGUUGGAGAGCGGCAGCAUUUACAAGGCAAAGUAUUCCGGCUGGUACUGUGUUUCCGAUGAGACCUACUAUUCUGAAAGGGAAAUCGAAGACGCAGUGAUGCCGGACGGAACUAAAGCGAAAGUAUCUACUUCAAGCGGUCACAAAGUGGAAUGGACCACCGAAGAAAACUACUUGUUUGCCCUUACGAAGUACGAGAGCAAACUACGGAAGUGGUUGCAGGAAUCCGGUGUUGUUCAACCGAGUUACAUUCACCAGUUUUUAAUGAAUUCCUUCCACAACAUCUCUGACGUGUCGGUUUCGCGGCAGCGAGAUCGAUGUCCUUGGGGAAUCGAAGUUCCCGGCGAUGCAUCACAGACGAUUUAUGUAUGGUUUGACGCUCUUGUGAACUACCUUACCGCUGCCGGUUAUCCGAAUAAAAUAACACGUUGGCCACCGGAUUGCCAGCUGGUCGGAAAAGACAUAAUAAAGUAA